ACAGGGAAACGUUUACCGGUAAACGUGUACAGUGGCCGUGCACAAACGACGAACGCGCCAAAAUGCUCACCAGUCGUGUUCUGUGUGGUGUGGGAUUUAUUCUAAUAGUCGGGUGUGCUAUAACGGAAACAGACGGCGCCACAGUUCCUGCAAACACAGUUAAUGUUUUAGGUACUAGAAAAACCGUCAGACUGUCACCUCGACUUAUCAAAUUUCUCCAGCUCCUAAAAGAUUACAUAAUACCUGGCAAAAACGGCAAACCACCGACAUCCCAUCCGAAAACGUCCGCGCCAGCCGUGAAGGCGAUAAAACCAGAGAUACCUCGUCAAGUGAAACCCGCAGUUGUUGAAGCAGUGAAACCCCCGGCUUUAGAACCCACGGACGCACCAGCCCAUGGACCAGUUCAACAGCCAAUGAAAACACCCGUUAAAUCACCGAACAGUCCACCAAAACAAGCGGCUGUGGUGCCACCUGUGAAGCCACACACACCCGUGAAACCACACAUACACCCAGUGGCGGUACCACCAGUGACGGCCCCACCUCAACCCGAAGCGGAGCCAGUAACUGCCGCCCCUACUGCCCCUGUAGUCGAGCCCGCCACCGCAGCACCCACCCAGACGGUGACAGUGACCGCCGAACCAGUCGCCGUGCCGCUAGACUCCGCCGCGGCAGCCGCAGCACUAGUGCCGCCUGUUGUACUUCCGACAGCGGCUUCAGUGGCGCCACCUGUCACAACAAAACCCGCUGCAACAACGACAACAACAGUAGCGACGACGACGCCGUUCGAGCCGCCGGGUCCGGAGUGUUCCAUGCAGAGCGAGUGCGAGAUGGGCUGCUGCUACACGCUCAAGGGCGAUAUUCUCUGGGAUCAUCUCUUCAGAGAGGGCAGCGCCAAGAUAGGGUACUGCGAGAAGAAAAUGACCAGCACUCCGGGCAUUGGCUGUCAUAAUCGCAGAUGCCCCUGUCAAGCCGAUCAGAAAUGUAUGAGUGUUCCAGAUUCCAAGACGAAACUACCCGCCGGGUAUGAGCCGGGCGAGAGCAUGGUGUUCAGCAAUAAUAAAUGCUACACGAUAACUCAGACGGUGAAAAUUAAAAAAUGGCUCAAACAAUUAUCCACCAUGGUCGACUACUGUAGAACCGACUUCAACUGCCCUCUCCGCCCGUUGCAGUAAGAUGUACAAUACCCUGCAGAGAUGAAGUAGACCGCAGUACAGUUCAGUCAGUGGCGGGGGGGGGGGGGGGGGGGGGGGUGUCAACUGCAGCAGCAUUAUCUUGUGAUGUUCUUGAGCGCCAAAUCUACACGCGGCAGCAGACAUACUGUUUUCAUCAUCAAUAUGAACAUUGAAAUUAAAAUAAAAGAUAUUUAUAGACAAAAUCUGA